AUGUCCGCGCAAGGCGGCACGUCGGUUGAAGCGGCUGCGGGGACUGCUCCAGGAACGUCCGGGGCCGCAGCCGCAGCUCCGGCGGACGGACCGAAUGCCACUGAUGGCGCGAGGCAGCCUGCUGGUGCGGCGUCCAUCUCUGCGACGGUGGCCGCCCUGGCGGAUCGCGUGUCAGAUGUCAAGGUUGGCAAAGAAGAGCAAACGGACGAGCCGGACCCUUCUAUGAAGUCAGCCGGGCUCCAAGAAUCGGAAAAGGAAGUCGAGACGAACAUCGUUGGGGAGACCAUGUACACUUCAGCAAGCACGUUCGAGGACUUGGGCCUGCCUACUGAGCUGCUGGAGGGGCUUUAUGUUGAAAUGAAGUUUCAGCGCCCUUCAAAGGUUCAAGCCACGACUCUGCCAAUGAUUCUCAAUCCCCCCCACCGGGACCUGAUAGCCCAGGCCCACAAUGGGAGUGGCAAGACGACAUGCUUUGUGUUGGCGAUGCUCACGAGGGUGGACCCAGAGCUGCACGAGCCGCAGGCACUGUGCGUGUGUCCAACACGAGAGCUGGUAGCCCAGAACCACGCUGUGUUGCAAAAGAUGGGCAAAUACACCAAAUUGGAGUCCAUGAGCACAUCCACCUCAGAGGAAUUGCCAACAAGCCAGAAGAUCAAGGCACAGAUAAUUUUCGGCACCCACGGGAGGUUGAAAUUCUGGAUCAGCCGACGAAUGCUUGGAUUGGGAAAGAUGAAGGUCGUUGUGCUGGAUGAGGCUGACAACAUGUUGGAGGCGCAAGGCUUUGCUGAUGAUUCUUUCCGUAUGAUCCGUGAAAUUCGUAGCCAGAGCCCAGGGAUUCAGCUUCUCAUGUUUUCUGCAACAUACAGUGAGGUGGUCAGAAAGUUUGCCUGCAGGAUAUCAAGGGAGGCAAACGAGGUGUUUCUUCCAAAGGAGGAGCUGUCACUGGACGUCAUCAAGCAGUACCGAGUCAAUGUGCCUUACAAGGAUGACAAGGUUUGGGUGCUGCUGCAGCAAAUACUUCCAAAUUGUGAAAAGCUGGGACAGACCAUUAUUUUCGUGAGGACCAGGGAAAUGGCAAGGGUGCUCCAUGCCAGGCUGACUGAAGAUGGAUUCAAAUGCACUGCGAUCAGUGGCGAGAUGCCUUUUGACAAGAGAGAUCAGGUUGUCAACGAAUUCAGAACUGGUGUUACGACUAUCUUGAUAUCCACAGACGUGUUGUCUCGAGGCUUUAACGUUGAUGAGGUGACCCUGGUUGUGAAUUACGACAUCCCAACAGAUCGCAACCGCGAGCCUGCAUUUGAGACUUAUCUUCAUCGUAUUGGGCGGAGUGGGAGAUUCGGGCGAAAGGGCGUCGCCUUCAACCUGUGUGUCAGCAAUUGGAACGACGGCCAAAUAUUGGAUCGAAUCUCGGAGUACUUCCAACGUGAGAUACCUGCAGUCGAAUACGAAGACGAGGAGGCUUUCCUAAGAAUUCUUAAGGAUGCAGGUCUCACUGACGGAUGA